CCGAACUCACCAAGUGGUGUGUAUAAGAUACAGCCCCUGGUCGACGAAAAGCCUUUUGAUGUUUACUGCGAGAUGGCAAUUCAUGGUGGAGGCUUCACCUUUCUUCCUCGUGGCUUCACUAGAUUACCAUAUGCAGAAAAUAUCGUCAAAGUUUUAUUUCGAGACAAGAAGAACGUACUACUUAAAUUGCAGAAAAAGGUUGAUCGUAGCGAGGCAUACACUCUGAUCCAGCCUCAUCCGUCGUUCGCGAACACAGAGUUUGGUGUGUUAAUCAACAGCUUCCAGGGUUACACCAAGCCACUGAACGCCUUCAUGAAAGAGUACAUCUUCCUCGGUAUUAUUCCUGCAUCCGCUGCACGCCAGCGAAGUGUUCAAGGCUUUAGAUGCAACGGGCACAUAGUCCAGUUCAAAAAUUGUGAUGCCAAUCCCAACAGCUUUUUUGCAUUUAUGCCAAACCACAAUCUGGAAACUCUGGGUUCCUACAGCGGUAACUCAAUCUACGAGAAAGUAGGUGUGGGUGUCGACUGGCGCUCCAAGGCAAUUCCCAUCACCCAUCCUGAUCGCAUCAUGCCGAACGAGUUCUUCUUCUUGACAGAGAUGCAUUUUGGAGGUUGUGGAACCUACACCUCCAGUAACCGAUGGAGCAAGUUUGGCUUUCAUGCCACCGCCAUUGGAAUUCGCUAA